UUUAUUAUUUUAUUUUAUUUAUGGUCUUUUAAAAAGUUCACCCAUUUGAUCUGAGUUUUUAUUUGUUUCACCAAUGAGUUCGUUUUGCGUUUCUUUCUUAAUAAUAACCCUUUUAGGGGUUGUGAUGACUUAUAGAGAUCUUUCGUACAAGUGCAAACUGAACCCUAGAUCUUAUGGAUUUUGUAAAAUUCAGGCUCGAGGAUUUUCUUAUGAUCGUUAUAGGAAAUUAUGCCGUCGAAAUGUUCUUCGGUGUAUGGGAACGGAUAACUUUUUCUUUGACCAAGAGUCCUGCGAAGAAGCAUGCUUAAAGCCAAAAACUAAUUAACACAAAUGUUUUGUACAUACUUCAAAGAUUUAAAGGUUAUAAUGAAUGAAGAAUAAAUAAAUAAAUUACAAAUA